GGGUACGCCGCCGACAAACUGCUGGUGGCAGCGUAGGCGUGCUGAGGGUCUGACACAGGAGGCUGGUUGCUGGUCGCGAUGCCGUACGCCAACCAGCCAACCGUGCGGAUCACGGAACUCACCGAGGAGAACGUCAAGUUCAUUAUCGAGAACACGGACCUGGCGGUAGCCAAUUCCAUUCGGAGGGUCUUCAUCGCCGAGGUGCCCAUAAUAGCCAUCGACUGGGUUCAGAUUGAUGCUAAUUCCUCGGUCCUUCACGAUGAAUUCAUUGCCCACAGGCUUGGUUUAAUCCCCCUCACGAGUGAUGACAUUGUGGACAAGCUGCAGUACUCUCGGGACUGCACCUGUGAAGAGUUCUGCCCCGAAUGUUCUGUGGAGUUCACUCUUGACGUGAGGUGCAACGAAGACCAGACGCGCCAUGUCACCUCUCGAGAUCUCAUCUCCAACAGCCCCCGGGUUAUUCCGGUGACUUCCCGGAACCGUGAUAACGACCCCAAUGACUAUGUGGAGCAGGAUGACAUCCUUAUUGUCAAGCUAAGGAAGGGCCAGGAGCUGAGACUUCGAGCCUAUGCCAAGAAGGGCUUUGGCAAGGAACAUGCCAAGUGGAACCCUACUGCAGGGGUAGCUUUUGAAUAUGAUCCGGACAACGCACUUAGGCACACGGUGUAUCCCAAGCCCGAGGAAUGGCCAAAGAGUGAGUACUCUGAGCUGGAUGAGGAUGAGUCACAGGCUCCCUAUGACCCCAACGGCAAGCCAGAGAGGUUUUACUACAAUGUGGAGUCCUGUGGCUCACUGCGCCCUGAAACCAUUGUCCUCUCAGCCCUCUCUGGGUUGAAGAAGAAGCUGAGUGACUUACAGACUCAGCUCAGCCACGAGAUCCAGAGUGACGUGCUCACCAUAAACUAGCCGCAGCUCACCUGCUGCAGAAGACUAGGUUCAGGGUGGCUGGGUUUCAGGUCUGUGAGUGCCUCUGGUUUCUGGGCUCCGGACUGCAGCUGCUCACGCUGCCUCCCAGAAGGUCAUCAGAGAGAUUGCCAGGGGCUCCACUGGUAUUAGACAGGCUUUUACUAGGCGGUUAGCAUCGCUGGCCCAACCUUGUUGAUCAUUGAUUUACCUCAGAACCCCAGACACCCCUUCCAUCCUGUUUCCUAGCUCAGUAGUAGGGUCCCCUCUUGCUUCCUAGUCGAGAGUCACCGAGUCAGACAUCUGGUCACUCCAGCUUUUUAAAUCUUUUCUACCCAAGGAAAGGAGUUUUCACAGUCUUACCUUAGGCUUCUGGUAGGGCCGAGUGCUAGAACCUUUGUUGAAGCAGCCUGUAACUUCUCAGGUCCUCUACCCAGGGUCAGGGCCAACUGUCACCCUGGGACUAGUGUUAGGCUCUGGUUACCCUCCCUGUCCACAGGUGAACUUGGUGUUUUAUAGUCUGCCAUGACCUUUUUUGUGGGGGCAGAGCGCCACAGGCCCCUCCCACAUUUCAUUUCUCUUUAGUGACAUUCAGACCCAGCCUUUAGCAUGUAUCCAGAUAGGAGCAGGCCUGCACAUAGUGGUUUUUGGGCAGCGUGGAGGAAAACACACCAGCACAGCAGGAAAGGAUAUUUAUUGAUCAACAGUACUUGUCUUUUUAAAAGUUUUUAUUUUUGGCAAUAAAGAGCACAGCAUAAUCUC